ACUGUGUGUAAAAAAUGACCAAGAGAAAAAUAUUGUUGGAAACGAGCAAAGUAAAGAAAUUUGAUGCUCGGAAUCGGUGCUUGUUGUUUGUAAUUUAUAUAUAUGUAUACAUUCUUCUAUUUUUCGUCAAUUUAAUACCUUUUAACUAAACAAAAUAUCAAUCAGCAUUCGAGCCAGUAUGUAAAAAAAUAUUAUGAAAUACAUUUCGCUUAUACAAAAUUAUAUUUCAUCCGAACAAAUGUAGCAAAAUAGAUAGUGUUUUCCAUUUGACAAAAAAAAAGUAAAGAAAAAAAUAUCUAUAUUACCAUAUGAUUUUUUUUAGUUGAUACAUAUAUUGGCCAAUAUUUGUGUAUGUGUUUAAUGUAAAUGGUGUUUAAAAACAUUCUGAUUUGUGUAAAAAGUGAAAAAUCAUGGAAUUCGUUGACUACAUCAAUAUGAGACACUAAAUCGAAAAAGAUAUAUAUGCAUAUACAUAUAUACGUGAAAAAAUAUUCCCAAAUAACCAUACAUGAAUGAAAAUCAGAGCGAUGGAAAUAGAGCAAUGGUAGCGAAAUGUCAAUAUCACCAUUGUACAAAAACAAUAAUAAAAAAAAAUUCAAUUGAAUGAAUGAAAAAAUAAAAAUAAUCGACAAUUUUCGUGAGUGUAAAAACAGUCUACGGCACAUUGUAAAUGUCAUUGGAGUAAUUAUACAUUUCGCAUAUGAAAAGAGAUCGUGAAUAGAGGCAACAUCGACUUGAAAAUUCAUCGAGAAAUCGGAAACGAUCAUACGAAAGCCAAAAAAAAAUAGGAUUAUGAAAUAUUACUUAAAUCAUGUAGCGCUAAGUAUCUCAUAGCGAAAUAGAAAAGAAAAAAAAAGAAACGAGAAGGUGAAAGUGCAAUUUUGUUCAGGAGAAAUUUCAUUGUUUCCUUGCUGUGAUUUCAAAUGAAUUCGGUUUUGGUGCAUCAUUCGGCAUAAAAGUGAUUGUGGACAUAGAAAGAGACCGCUUCAAAAGCGAUAGACAAAACGGAAUUUAUUGAAAAAGUUGAGUUUGGAGAAAUAUAGUAUACAUCAACUAUAUCUCAAACAAAUAAACAAAAAAAGUAACAAGCCAUCCACAACUGACCAAACACACCAAAAAGGUCCAACCGAGUUCCCAGCACAAGCAAAAGAGUAGAAAAAACGAGAUACAACAUACACAGAGAGAAAUGAGCAGAAGACGAAGAAACCCACACACAUGAUGCAUAGAAUUUUGUAACAAUAUACCGAAGAACCCGUAAAAAGAAGAGAAAAAAGAAGAAGAGGAAGGCAUAAAAGCACGCCAAAUUACACAAAAAUAAUUUUUGGUGCUGUUUAUUUAGCGCGUUGUCCAUUAUGUUGUUGAAUAUCGAGAAGCCGACACAACACACUAAACGCUAACUCCACAUGCAAUCAUCGUCAAAUUCGUACGCCUGUGUUAGUGCUCAUAUGCGAAUGUGAAUGUGAAUGUGAAUCUGUUUUUUCUCUCCUUCGUUUCGUUUGUUACUCUCCUAAAUUGUUACGCAAAUUUAUACAAAUUUUACACGAUCAACGAAAAAAUAAAUGCUGCUGCAAACAAUUGUUUUUUCCUCCGUUGUUCUCGCCUAAUGAAACAAAAGAAGAAAAAAAGUUCAUUCAAUCAAUCAUACACGACGACGACGAGAUGAGGCUGAUUUGCAAUGUGUGCUGUAAAUGAACAUACGACCAAAUGUGUGGUGCAUAGAUCAAAGAUGCCAUUUCAUAUGCGACGUUGAAGGGAAACAGAAACAGAAACAGUGAAAACGAAUGAACCGUAUGAACGAACGAAAAAAAAAACAGAACUGAACUACUAAAAAUAUGAACUGAUAACGCAUAUUUACACUGAACAUAUUUUGAUGAUCAACAUUACCGAAACGAUUAAAAGAAACAAAAAAAAGCAAGAAAAGAGAAAGAAAAAGAAACACGUAAGAAUACAUUCUAGAAACGCGACAAUGAUACCAUUCAGCAUGAAUUAUGGUGCAGUUGUGAGUUUGUAACUCAAUUAUUGAAUGUUUUUUUACGAAAAGUCAACCGAAAGUGUUUACAUAUUUAAUUUGAGAAAAAAAGUCAUGAUUUAUUUCUGUUGUUGCGUUGUUCUUGGUGUUGACGUUAUUGGUGGGAAUAAACCAAGAAACUACGACUUUUGUCAACAUUCACAAAAUUUAAGCGAAUGCACGUCCUUAAUCUUAUCGGCAAUAAAUAAUUUUCGUAUUCAUGUGCUACAUUGAAAUCAAAUCGGAUAUUUGCGGGGAGUCGUCGCGUGUUGAAAAAAAUUGAGGUCGUCACUUCUCACCACUAAAUUAUGACUAAAGAAAGUGUAUAGUGAAUGGUCGACCGUUAAAUUCAAAGUAAAACCAAGAAAAAACUCCCAUCGAACGAUCUAUAGAGAGUGAGAGAGUGAGAGAGUGAAAGAGAGAAAGAAAGAACAGUUUUAUUAUUCAAAUAAAAGAAGACAGAAACAAAAAUUAGAACAUAUUCAAUCAAUAUUAGAUGGAUAAUUGUAAUUGUGAAUUAUAAUCUAAGACUAACACAAUGUGCGAUAUACCAUAAUCAUAUUCGUUAAUAAAAUUACUGUGUGAAAGAAUCUGAAGCGGAAUAUACAGGAUACAAAGGAAUUCAUCUAAAUUUCAUUUAAACAAAUUUGAUGCACGUGAAAUUGCCUUAAGUGUAGAUAAAUAGUAGUAUGACAACGAUGAAUGGACAUCGGAACUAACCCGAAACUAUAAUAUACCCGAACAUUGAAUCUUUACAGAUCACACAAGAAAGGAGUUGAAUAAUUAAAUCUUGGUUUUUAAACAAGACAUUGACACCGAAACCGACUGUGUUAUGCCCAUCAUCUGAGUGAUUGGGCAAAGACGACGUUCAAAGUGAAAGUAUGGAUUUUUUAGGUACAUCGACACAAGAUGUGGUUGAAUUAAGAGCCGGAACAUCCAUUGAUUUGACACAGUCUCAACAAUUGGCCAAAGCAUCCAGAUUAUCUGUACACAAUUCGAAUGAAGUAAGGCCGGAACAGCAACAGCAGCAACAGCAGCAACAGCUAGUAACAUGUUUUGUUUGUGGAAGUGUUGGAAAAUUUCAAUUGUAUUCGAUUCGCGUACGUCAAAAUCCAGCUCGACCGUCCGAACCAUAUUUUCCAUUCUUAGUGAGCCACCAUGAGCCACCACAUGGUCUUCACGCAGUCUCGGCCACCCAAUCAAAAGUACAAGCAUGCUCAAUGUGCCAAGAACUGUUGCACGAGCAGUGGUUGGCAUUCGAACGGGAGAAUCGACCACAUUUACAACGACUAUACCAUUUGAAACGGGCUGAUGGGAAGCGGUACAUAGGUGCUGAUUUGAUGGUACAAGGUGAUUAUGCCGCUCAAAUGCUUGGCUUGCCGCUCAAUGCGGAACACAUGGCAUCCAGCGAAAUGAUGCAUCAUAUGCACCAACCACCCCAAACUAACUAUCAAAACGAAGCAAAACGAUCCAAUUCUCGAGAUGCUUCACCAUCACUUCGCCAAACACCGACCUCUUCAACACCACCGACCUCAUCCUAUUCACCGUUUGCUCAACACAAACUGAAACUGAGCGGAUCGCAUUACUCAAAUAACGCAAUUCCACCACCAGCUUCAACAUUCAAAUCAAACCAUUCGGUUUCAUCGAAUCCAUCUCCGUCACCAGUGUAUGAUAGCAACAAAUAUAGUUCAAUUAACAAUAAAGCGCUUAAAUAUCCAGCAUAUGGGCAACGUGAAGCAUUACAGACACCGCCAAUGUCGCACAGCAGCGCGAUAGGAUCGCAGAAAACAGUAGUGGUCGACGAUGAACCAGCCCUAGAUUUAAGAAAUACAUCAACGAAAACAUCUGCUUCAUCAUCAGCGAAUGCAACUCUGCAUUCGAAAUUAGACCCAAUUCAAAAUUCAACGGUCAAAAUGCUUAAUACGAGCGAUGUUGGAAUUCUGGAUUUGUCAAUGCCUGACAAAAAUUCCAUCAACGAAGUGUGCUACGUGUGUGGCGAUGAGUACAAACGAGGCAGCUUACUCGAGAUUAGUACCGCAGAACCAAAAGAUGCUCGGGAUAAAAUCAAACCAUAUUUUCCAAUAUUCAACGAAUCACAUCCUCGUCCGGCCCGGUCUCGGCCUAAAGAUCCACGCGGUAUGAUCCAGGCGUGCACACAUUGCUGCGAUCAUUUAAUGAAGCAAUGGCAUCAAUUUUGCCUGGCUGACGUACCAGAUUCCAAACGGCGAUAUAAAUUGCGUCCAACACUAUCUACCGGAAGAGCAACAUUCGUUUGUUAUACUUGCGGUGCAGAAACUCCUUCAUCGAAUUUAGUUCUCGUUUACUGUUGCCAGAAUUCUGAGAACGAACCCUUCUUCCCAUUUAUCAAAUCAAUAAAACCAUAUCCUAAUGCUAGCCCAAUUAGUCCACAGGGAAUGGUGCAAAUAUGUUCUGAGUGCAAUGCAAAACACGUUAAUUCUGCUGAAACAAUGACGGACAAGAAUUCUGAGUCAGGGAGAAGUUUGACUUUUGGUAAUGGCGGUCGUUUUUCACCGUCAGAUAGCAAAUCUCAAGCCAAUUCAGAUUCAAGCUUUGUUCGCUUUAAGCCGUACGAAUCGGUGACAACACAUUCAAUAUCGAGCAGAGAUCGUGAUUUGGCCAAUUCACGAAAGGAUUCCCGGCCGAAUACCCCAUUGAUACAACCAAUCGGAGAGAACGGCCAUGGAACCUAUGCAUGUUACAUAUGCAAAGGGCAAUUUUCUUUGGGUCAACUUGAGUGGUUGUCGACAAGUGCGGAGCACAUGAAUAGCCAUGCAAUGCAUUUUCCAUGCUUACGUGGAAGCGAUAAUAGUGCAUCACGGGUAUUAGCAUGCGUACGAUGUGUUAAUCACUUGGCAAAACAAUGGGAUCAACUUGAUGCCGAACGCAUUCCACUGGAACAUCGAAGAUACAAUAUUCCAUCACCGGUGUCAGCGUUCAAUAGUAAUUCACCGAAUGGGUCACGUGGAUUUGGAGGGACGCCACCGUCAACCCCAUCAGUUUCAUCAACACCUGCCAGCACAUCCAUUUACUGUUUUCUUUGCGGGCUACACAGUGAUUUAACAUUGGCACGUCUUGUGCAUGCCAGUAAAGAAGGCUCACGACCGUACUUUCCACAUUUGCUAAAGCAUAAAUCUCCUUUGAAUGCCGAGCAACUACGUCCAAACGAUUUGUCUGCAUUGGUGUGCACAUUCUGCUAUCACUCAUUACUAAGCCAAUGGAGGAAAUAUGAGUCUACAAACACGGUCAGCCCGAGUGAACGAACUUACAAUACGCAUGAUUAUUGCUGUCAUUUGUGCGGCGUUACAACAUACAGAAAACGGGUACGUGCAUUACCAAUUAGAGAAUUUCCAUCAAUCGCUGAUCGCAAGAAUGAUGAAGCACUUUUAUUGGAAAAUGGUGAAUAUUCGGUUGUGUGUCUGGAUUGUUACGAGCAUUUGAGAACUAUCAAUUGCAGGCAACAAGCCGCGCAAUACGAAAAAAUCGGUGUCCCGAUUGAAAAACGUGGAUAUAACUGGGUCACUCUACCUCCCCCACCAGAAGAUAGUCCAGAAGUUACCGUCGCCCGUUUACCUAGUGGUGAACGUUCCAAUUCAAAUAUGAGGCAAAUUAUAAAUAAAAAGAACAGUUCACCAAAACACGUUAGCGAUAAAAGAGAUACAGGCACAGGCACAGGCACAGGCACAGUGCGAUCGGCCCAGAAACGUCCCGCAACGAGUCCAGCACCAGUGAUGCAUGUUCAACCCGGUCAAACCACUCAACCUUCUGCGCAUCAUUCGAAUAUGCCUUCAUCCAAUAACGGUGGAAGAGGACCAUUUGCUUCGGCGCUUAGGAGUUUAGCCAAGCAAGCUGACGUAAAGGAUGACGAACCAGUCGAUCAACGGGCAGUCAGUGCUGGUACCAGUGGUAGUAAUAGUGCAAACCCUAUAAAUCUACAUCAACGGUUCAGCGGUGGCGGUGGCGGCACCAAUACUGAAAAUAGGAAUACUGAAAAUGUUGUUGUAGUUUCUGAUACAGAGCAGCAUAGAAAGAAAGCGAGCUCACCACCACCGGAAAAGAUGGCUCGAAUGGGUACCAAUGUGAGAGCACAUCAACCAGAGGCUUUAGCACGAAGUGGCUUUCAACCAUAUCGACCAGACGAACGUACGGCUGCCGCAGGUGUUUAUCCUCCAUUAGAUGUUUUUCCGCCAUUUAACACAAUGCCUUUACAAGCAGGCGGACAACUCUUCAAUCCGGCAGCAUUUGCCUACUCAGAAUUCAUGGAUCCACGCUUUCAAAAUUCCUUUCGAUCGGCCGUCGGUCAUCAUCCACACGCAGCGCCCAUGUACCCACAUUUUCCAUCAUACGCUCAGCUAUACAAUACACUACUACCGAAUUCAUCGUUGCCUGGCAUGAUUCCCGGAAUGAUGAAAAUGGUAGAAGAAGAACAACGACUGCGUUUACUGCGUGAGGAAGAGCUCAGGAGAGAGCAAGAGAGGCAAAAAGAGAUCCAACGCGCAAAAGAAGCACAGCGCGAGAAAGAGCGUAAAGAAAGAGAACAACGCGAACGUGAACAACGUGAACGUGAAUUGCGUGAAAAAGAGCAACGGGAGAAAGAAAAACGUGAAUUGCUAGAAAAGGAAGAGCGUGACCGCCAAUUUGCCCAAAUGUACGCUGCGGAAGUUCAGCGUAAUUUAUUUCUACAAGGAAUGUCACAGUUUCCCGGUGCCGUCUCACAGCGAUCACCACAUAGUCUUGGCUUGGGGCUGGGCUUUCCACCAGGAGCAGUGCACCACAGUCUACCUCCACAUAUGCAACAUUCGUUCGGGCAAUUUGCUGCGAUGGCUGGCUUCUCUUCGCUUAAUCAUAACUCUCAAAUUCCGAGCGCCUACAAUUUACCACAUACCUCGUCACCGAACGCAUCGGUCACAUCAGUGAGUUCGUUGAAUCUGUCACAUAACCGAAACAAUACUGCACCGUCGCCCAUAGCACAUGAAAGUGCAUCAAAAUCACGGUCAACAGCUCCUUCGCCAGCCCAUAGCUCUUCAAACAUUCCCUCAGUUUCAGCUGCUUUACCUAAACACUACGUUCCACCACACAAGUAUCAAAACGCAAAAAAGCAUAACGCAUCCACAUCGAUCGCUCCGCCAGCGCACGAACCGUAUAAUAUCAGUAGCGAGAAGCAUACAAAUAGCUCAAGCAACCGCAACAGUUCAAAUCAUAGUAAUAGUAACAAUAGUCAUUUUAAUGAAUCAUUACCGACAUCGGCCGAUCAAGUGUUUGCCAUGCGCGAUAGAGCACCGAAAUUGGCCGCUGCAUCACACAAGGAUGCCAUGGCCGACUGUACAUAUAGCAUUUCAAUCGAAAAAGUAAAAAGUAAUCUAGUUACCAAUAACGAGACUCGCAGUGAACCAAUGAAACUAAGCGUUACAUCCGAUGCACCACAAGCCAAAUUCAAUCUUGAACAAAUUUCACCGCGAAAAUUUCAUUCAAGUAGUGAUAAUAAGUUGAAAUCAAUACACUUUAUCAACGAUGAAUUAAACAAUGGAUGCCAGGAGCGUUUGAACGAAGUGAAAGAUCUGUCGGGGCGAUAUUCGUCAUAUGAAUCGUAUCAGCCGCCAGUGAGCGAUACAAUUGUCAUGAACAUCGAUGACAAGGAGGCCAAUGUGAACAGUAUACAGACGCACAGUGCCAAUCCAAAAUCUGUUGAGAGCCCAGACAAUGUUAUAGCGUUAAGCAAAGAACCAAUUGUGACCAAUACCAAUAGUACGAGUUUGGAACAUGAUUCUACCAUUAGUAAUAGUGAUAAACAAAUAAUAGCCAAUGAUAAGGAUAGCAAAUUAAGCAAACCAAACACUAGCGACAUGGAAACAAUAGUUUAUCGGAGUACCGCACCUAGUAAUGCACGGACCGAGAACGAAUUGACUUAUUUGACCGAUAAUGAUGCUGUAAAAUCGACCGUGGUCCCCAUAAAAUCACCUCAGACAACGAUGCAGAAAUCGCAUCCAGAUGAAGAAAAUGAUUGCGACAUAGAACAAUCACCAGCGAAUUCACAAAACUUAAAUAAGCUGACUGACCCAGCGGAGAACCCCAACGAUAUUACAAAGAAACCAUCGGAUGCGUUUGAAGUAGAAGAUGAUGGUACUGCAGCCGGACAAAAUGCGGGACACUCACAGCAAACGAAAUCAUAGCCAAUCGAUUUCAUUUUUCACAAAUGAUAAUUCAUUCAAUAUCGUAGCCCUUCAGCGUAUGUGAUGAAUGUACGCGAACAGAAAAAAAAACAACCAAUCGCGUAGAGAUGAAACUGUGAGAACUCGAUGGAUGUAGAAGGACGAUGAAAACAAAUGUUAAGGCAUACAAAUUAAGACAUUCGAGAAACAAAGCGAGUAAAGAGAAAGAAAAAAAUAUUUAGAAUUGUUAAAAAAAGAUAAAUCUGUUCCCACUUUUUUAAAAUGAGAUGGAAAAAAAAUCAUGAAAUGGACCGCUGAAUGAAAAAUUAUGAGUGAUAGUUCUUUCUCAGUUUUUGCUGAUGAUUAUUACUUUUUUCUAAUUAUAUACAAUUAUUCAAUAUUAAUGUUAUGAAAUAUAAUAAAUGAAAAUUAAAUCAUGAA